CAAGCUGAAUCAAGCUAAUAAUACACACCUAAUUCUCAAGCUCUUGUUCUUAAUUCAUUUCUUACGAUCCAUUCUUCCGAAUCGGAUCAUUUGGUGGAUUUAUUGUCCAUCAAAUUGGUGCUCUCAUUGAGAGCUUGAGAAUCAUGCUCAAAGAAAACCUUCCAAGAAGGGACGAAGCGCAAAAGUUAAUGGAGGAAAUCCAUGAAGGGAUAUGCUCAGCUCACCAAGGAGCUUUCACAAUGUCCAGAAAGGUAACUCUGCAGGGGUAUUUUUGGCCAACAAUCAUCAGGGAUUGCGCAGAAUACAUGCGUAAGUGCAAGGUUUGGCAGGAGUUUCAAAAGGUGCCAGGGCGACCAGCAACAAAUUACACCUCGAUCAGCACGACAAUUCCCUUUGCUCGGUGGGGUAUUGAUCUAGUCGGCAUCCUGCCCAGAGGAACAGGAAAUAACACGUACCUGGUGGUCGCGAUCGACUACUUUACCAAGUGGGUCGAGGCCGCCCCUGUACCGACCAUCACCGAAGAGCAGAUGAGGAAAUUUGUGUCCAAACAAAUCUUGUGCCGUUUUGGGGUGCCCCAGCAGAUCAUCACUGAUAAUGGGACCCAGUUCGAAGCCAGGGGGUUCAAUGAGUUUCUACAGAGCUGGGGCAUAAAACAUAGCUACGCUGCGGUCGGGUACCCCCAGACCAAUGGGCAGGUCGAAAACACCAACAUCACCAUUGUGGAUGGCCUGAAGAAGAAAAUAAUGGAAUGUAAAAGUGCUUGGGUGGAAGAGUUGCCCUACAUCGUAUGGACCUAUAGGACUAACCCAAGGAAGGCUACGGGUGAAACUCCGUUCGCGCUCACAUAUGGGUUUGAGGCAAGGGCUCCAGCAUAGACCUCAUUGCUGAGCUAUAGAGUGGAAACACUUGAUGCCCAUGAAAACGAAGAGAACUUAAGGGCGGAGUUGCAUCUCAUAGAUGAGCAAAGAGAAAGGGCGUACAUACGGGCAAAGAAUUACCGUCGGCAGGUUAAGUCGUACCGUGACCAGAGGGUGCGACCAAGGCAGUUCAGGACAGGCGACUGGUCCUAAGAAAAAGGGAGGUCAGUC